CAGUCUCGAACAGGAGGCGGCGGGUGGCGGCGGCCCGGGGCGGAGGCUGGGCGCGGGGGCGGCGGGUGGCUGAGGAGGCCGGGCCGCCGCGGCCGAGGGCCCCGGGCGCGCUUCCGCCGGCCGCGCCGCGCACGCCGCGGUAAAUGGGAGGCUUGGCCGGCAGGGGCGGGGGCCGCGCAGCCGGGGACUUUCAGGAACUGCAGGAGCGGGCGGCGGCUGGAGUCGCCGAGCGCCAGCGGCGGGGCCUGAGCGCCGAGAGUCGGGGCUGAGGCGGAGCCGCCGCCGGGGCCCAAGCCGCUGCCGCCAGCCUCGCCUGCCCGGCUCGGGCCGACCCCAGUCGCGACGCGGGAGACGAGCCGGCCGUCCCGGGCCGGGGGAUCCGCCCGCCAUGGCCACCAAGGCUCGGGUUUUGUACGAUUUUGCUGCUGAACCUGGAAAUAACGAGCUGUCAGUGAGUGAAGGAGAGAUCAUCACGAUUACAAACCCGGAUGUUGGUGGCGGAUGGUUGGAAGGAAGGAACAGCAAAGGAGAACGAGGGCUCGUUCCCACAGACUACGUUGAGAUACUGCCCAGUGAGGGAAAGGAUCAGUUUUCUUGUGGAAAUUCCGUGGCCGACCAAGCCUUUCUUGAUUCCCUCUCGGCAAGUACGGCUCCAGCCAACCUGUCAGCUCCCAGCAGCAGUAACCAGGUCAGCAGUGGCAAUGACCCCUGGUCAUCCUGGAAUGCCUCCAAAUCUGGGAAUUGGGAGAGCUCAGAUGGCUGGGGAGCCAAGCCAGAGGGGGCUGGUGCCCAGAGAAACUCUGCUAACAAUUGGGACGCUGCCUUCGGCCACCCCCAGGCCUACCAAGGACCAGCAACUGCUGACGAUGAUGACUGGGACGAAGACUGGGAUGACCCCAAGUCCUCUUCACCUUACUUUAAGGAUGCAGAAUCCUCUGACGCAGGUGGCGUCUCCCGAGGCAACAAUCGCAGCACUGCCUCCAUGAAGCUGCCCCUCAACAAAUUUCCUGGAUUUGCAAAACCUGGAAUGGAACAGUAUUUGUUGGCCAAGCAACUAGCAAAACCCAAAGAGAAAAUUCCCAUCAUUGUUGGAGAUUAUGGCCCAAUGUGGGUUUAUCCUUCCUCUACCUUCGACUGUGUGGUAGCAGAUCCCAGGAAAGGCUCCAAAAUGUACGGUCUGAAGAGCUACAUCGAGUACCAGUUAACACCCACAAACACUAAUCGAUCUGUAAACCACAGAUAUAAGCACUUUGACUGGUUAUAUGAACGGCUCCUAGUUAAGUUUGGGUCUGCCAUUCCAAUCCCUUCUCUUCCAGAUAAGCAAGUCACAGGUCGCUUUGAAGAAGAGUUUAUCAAAAUGCGCAUGGAGAGGCUUCAGGCGUGGGUGACCAGGAUGUGCCGUCACCCGGUGAUCUCAGAAAGUGAGGUUUUCCAGCAGUUCCUUAACUUCCGAGACGAGAAGGAAUGGAAAACUGGAAAGAGGAAGGCUGAGAAAGACGAGUUGGUGGGAGUUAUGAUAUUCUCCACCAUGGAGCCAGAAGCACCUGACUUGGACUUACUGGAAAUAGAGCAGAAGUGCGAUGCUGUGGGGAAGUUCACCAAGGCCAUGGACGACGGCGUGAAGGAGCUGCUGACCGUGGGGCAGGAGCACUGGAAGCGCUGCACAGGGCCAUUGCCCAAGGAGUACCAGAAGAUAGGAAAGGCUUUGCAGAGCCUGGCCACCGUGUUUAGUUCCAGUGGUUACCAAGGUGAAACAGACCUCAAUGAUGCAAUAACAGAAGCUGGGAAGACAUACGAGGAGAUCGCCAAUCUGGUGGCAGAACAGCCGAAGAAGGAUCUGCAUUUCCUGAUGGAAUGCAAUCAUGAGUACAAAGGCUUCCUGGGCUGCUUCCCUGACAUCAUUGGCGCGCAUAAGGGAGCAAUAGAGAAAGUGAAGGAAAGUGAUAAACUGGUUGCAACUAGCAAAAUCACUCCACAGGACAAGCAGAUGAUGGUGAAGCGAGUCGGCACCAUGUCUUACGCACUUCAAGCGGAAAUGAAUCACUUCCACAGUAACCGGAUCUAUGACUACAACAGUGUCAUCCGCCUCUACCUGGAACAGCAGGUGCAGUUCUAUGAGACGAUUGCGGAGAAGCUGAGGCAGGCCCUCAGCCGCUUCCCAGUUAUGUAGAGCGGCGGCACGCGGGGCCACCGGAGUGCUGCUCCGGACUGGGGCGAUGCUGUUGGCAGCAGAAGUCUCCCUCCGUCCUCCAAGGAGAGAAAACCAAAAGAAAUCCGACUGGCACAGAGCCGUGCUUCCCUCACCAGCCGAUGUGCGUCCGUUCUUUCGGGAUGUCUGUGAUUCCCGCGCCCAACACCUAAACCAAUGGAAAUUGUCUAUUUUUGGAAAGUACUUAAAUUUAUCAAAAUUUUGAAUGGAAGAUUAGGGUUUUCCUCCCAUUCAUAUUUUACUUAGAAUCGUAAUUUAUAAUUCACCCACAGUCUUGCAAUUCUUACUCAAUGUCAGAUAAUUGAAUACUAAUUGCUUUCUUAAAAAUAUGGAAUAUGUCAGAAUAAAAAAUAUAUAUUUGUAUUUUUAUAACUUUUUUCAGUCCUUCGAAAGUCUGCACACUUUUUCCUCACACUGUUGUGACU